UUCACGUAUGCUAUUAUUUGUUCAUGUUCCUCCACUGUUUCGUUUUCUUGUUUGCUUUGUGAACACCUCGUCGAUGGAAGAUGGAUCCCGAAAAAGCUGAGCGGCUGAGUAGGCUGCAAAUGGAAGAUUUAGGCACAGCCCGACGAGAACACAUCUCAACAGUAGAUGACAAAAAAGUUAAAGAGGCCCGAUUAGAAGAUAUCGAAGCCACCCGACUAUCGAACCAGCCCGGCACUCAGGCUCAGCGAUUGGCUCAGCAGAACCAACAGCAACUUACUGAAUGGAAAAACGUGUUCCAGAAGCUAAGUGAUACAAAUGACUUGGAAAAUCUUGAUGAUCUCCUGAACGGGCAAAGUCACCGUCUAAAACUGAGCGCGGCCCUGCACGGAGCUGGUGCUUAUGGCAACAACAACAACAACUCUUCUAGAGCCACUACCGACUACCCCAAACUAUCAGAAACUCUAGUUGCUGCGCCUACCAGGACUGGAAAACCACGAGGCCGAGGUGGUGGCAUUUUUGGCACGAGAAGUCGUACUGGAGCAAGAGUUAUAUCUGUCAGGAUCCCAUCCAGUGCCUCCCACGACGCUUCUUCUUCUAAGCCGGGGCACCAUAUACCCCAAGCUUCUGGCGCCCGUAAGGCUUCGCUAGAUCCAGCUCUCAAUGGUAACAACAAUGAUUUCUUCUCGAAAGGCCGCGAGAGACAGGUGCAGAAUAAGACGCAAAAUCAGGUUGGCAAGAACAAAGGGAAUGGCACCAGGAAUCCAACGCCUGCCGUUGUCAAAACUAGACGACCAAUUGGCGAUAAUUUACCAAGAUUCCUCAGCCCUCCUGAGCGUUUUCUAGCGGAAGCCAGGAAGAUUCUUCACACAAGGGCUUCGGAGGCCGUUCCUGCUGUUGCUAAGAAUGACUCUAAUCUCAGUAGAAAUACUCCAAAAUUGCCACUCCAGGAAAGUCGUGCUGCUCAGGAAAAGGAUGUUGCUUGUUCUACUCAAGUGAUAGCAAAGACCAGUGCUCCUCCACUUUCAGAGGAAAUACCAGUGACAAUCCCUACCCCAACUAAGGCGCCCAAUGAAAGCCGAAUGGCACCGCCUGACACAGCAAAAGUCACCCGUUCACCUAAGGUGGCAAACAUAACUCCAGUCGAUCAGGAUGGGAAGCCUACCUCCAUGAACUUUAAGAUUGCAAAGGAAGACCAGUCGACUUCAGAACCUGUGAGUGAACAGUCUCAAGCAAAAGAGAAGCCACAGAUGGUCAUACCUGCGCCCAAACUGCCUCUCCCUUCCUCGCCCUCGGAGAAUUGGGGUCUCAACAAGAUCCCUGACAAUAUCGAGGAAGUACUGCUUGAUUUGAGUAGCACACCACCCUCGAAGGACUCACUUGCCAACAAUGACAGUCCGGUACUGAGCCCUUCGCUCCAAGACCUGAAAGGUCUAGACUUUAAGCAGAGCCCCUCAGACACUCCCAAAACCCCAUUGCCCCAUCCCCCCCAAAGAAGGCUUGAAUUUGAGAAUGUCCCCAACGAUAUGGUAUCUAAUGGAAAAAGCUCAGCUCUCACCCACGCCCUUGAAGAAGAAACCCCCGAUAAUUACCAGCGAGCUAUAGAAUUGCUCUGUGAGCUUAUGGCAUUAACAUCUCUCUCAGAACAGAAUCGAGGAAGAUUGGAAGAAUGUAAAGCGGAUCUCGACGCAAAACUCCAGACCAUUCAGCAAACACCAAUGCUAAGUCCAAUAUCCCCGGGGCCCUCAGCUGAAAACAUAACCAAGCCUGACAUUAGCCUAACCGACAGCCAAGAUCAAGGCAGUUGUAGUCCGCCAAGCCGUCUCGAUGUGACGGCGGCACCAUUUACUCCAAGCACCCCAGACGUGUCAUUCACUCCAACUCACGCACGACCUAGAUCGGCGUCAUUUGCUAUCCACCUGGAUCAUAUCUUUGGGGACCAUUUGCUGCCAGGUCGGCUUGAGCAUCAAGGUUCACUGCAGAUUGACGAAGCUCAUAUUUUUGGCAACCACCUACUCCCAGGUCGACGUCAAGUGAGCGAAUUGGGAAGCACCCAAGUCAAGUUUAGCAUCCCAAAUAGAAAAUCAGUGCUACUGAAGGCGAGACUUCUAGGAUUCGACCGGUUUGAGGAUUCUGAUCCAACUUCACACCAGCCUCUUGGCGAUAAUACUCAAAAAGACAUACGUACGACUCCGGUGAGCAAAGCUGUUCGAAAGCUUGAUAUACUUGGAAGACUACAACAAUCCAUUCAUGCGCCCAGAGAAAAUGAAACCCCGGCAGCUCGGUCCGGUGGUCAAGCCUUGGGUGGGCUCCAAUCUUCAAUAUAUGCAGUCCCUGAAAAAAAUAAGCCCAUUCGUUGAGGGGGAGAACGUCUCGGAGAGUGAGUGUCAUAUUGGGCUUCUUCACGUAAUUGAAGCUCAGCUCGCAAUUGACUUACCCUCUCUUGUCAAGCCAUGCGCAACUGAUUGCUUUGUGUCUCUUUCCUUGACUCUGCGCUUGUACUAUAUUGUUUUUUUCUUGUGCACUAUGAAAACUAUUGCAUGAAUAGUACUGGGGACUCCCAAAAUUGUUCCUUGCAUAUCCAUUGAGGGUUCACAAAAGCAUAUUCUUGUCUUGGCAAAGUAGUGUACGAACUUUCCUCGCUCGCUUCAUUGUUCUCUCAAGGCAGCGGGUUCUACACUGCCAGCCUAUUAUCUAAACAGCUCCAGUUGGAGAAAAUGUAAUAGACAUUGAGUGUUUAAGAAUGGCCAUGGUACGGCAGAAGGACUCAAAAUUUCAGUCAAAAUUUCUACAGGUUCUCGAGGUCUCAAUA